AUGUUUUCUACAAUGAAUAAUAGUCAACGAUCAUUUCCUGAAUUAGUUGGUCGAAGUGCACAUGAAGCAGUUGCAUAUAUAUCUGCUAAAGGGUUACAUCCUCAAGUUUUGAGAGCAAAUGAUCCUAUGACUAGAGAUCUACGCAUGGAUCGUGUUCGCAUUAUUGUUGAUCCAACUCGAACAUACGUCAUUAAAGCACCUACUCUUGGUUAA